CGGCUCCGGCCCGAGCCCCAGGGGUCUUCAUCCACCACCAGCCCCCGCCCCCUUCCUCCUCCCCGGCCCGGCUUCAGGGCGACUCUGCGGAGCCUGCGGCCUGGAGCAGGAUGGAAGAGGCGGCGGCGGCAGGUGAAGGAGGCGGCAGCGAGUCCGUGGCGGCGGCGGCGCUGCGGCGACGGAAGAACGACAGCUCGGCCGAGGAGAACGAGCUGAGCCCGGUGGCCCGGAGGAGAAGCAAGAGGCCGCGGCCCGCGGGGGAAGAACGGAGCGGCGCCGGCGCGGCAGCUAGCCCGAGUCCGGGGCGGCCGACCUCGGCCUCCGAGUGCGCGCCCAACGACGAGGCGGGAGGCCCAGACGGCGGCGACCAGCACCAGCCGGUGGUCCCCGGCGCAGCGCACGACGACGAGUCGCUGCAGGAGAGGGCCGAGGCCACCGGGCCCAGGACCCGCUCGGCCAGCCACAGGCUCUGCAAAACCAACGGCGGCAACAGGCGGCGCUCCCCGCCGGCCGGUAGCCGGCCCCGAGCGGCGGCCGAAGCCGGCGGCAGGUGCAAGGCGGCUGAGUCGCCCGGGCGCGCCGACAGCGAGAGUGAUGGCGAGGCGGAGACAGAGGACCCGAGCUACGAGGUGCAGCAGGGCCGCAGGAUCCUCAGCGAGUUUCUGCUGGACAAGCACAAGACCCUGACGGCGCCCUUCGUGCAGCCUGGCGAGCCCGAGGGCAGCUGUCAGCAGCAGCAGCCCGUUUGGUUCCGCAAGAUGGAAGAGAAAUUCGACAACAACCAGUACGGCGGCAUCACGGACUUCGUGGCCGACUUUCGGCUGAUGCUGGAGAACUGCUACCGCUUCCACGGCGUGGAUCACUGGCUCUCCAGACAGGCUCAGAAGUUGGAGAUGAUGUUGGAGCAGAAGUUGACGUUGUUGUCAAGACCACUAAGAGAAAAGACAACCAUCGCAGUUACGUCAAAAGGCCGUUAUGGUUUGGAAGAGGAGCGAGGAGCCACUCGUCGACGUUCCAUGCCACGCAGUUUGGGAGGCAUGUCUACAGGCGUUACAGAGUCCAUAAUGAUUCAGGCUUUGAGACAAGAAGAACAGCAGCGAGCAAGGGAAGAAAAGAGAUUACGUGAACAGGAGAGGAAGGAGGCAGAAGAAGCUGUCCAAAAAGAGAUAGAAGAAUGGGAAAAGAAUCUUCGAGCCCUGGCUGAACCUACUCGCAUGGAGACACUUUGGGAGAUCCCUGCCAUUGGUCAUUUUCUGUGUUUGGCUCAGCAGAUUCUAAAUUUGCCUGAAAUUGUCUAUUUUGACCUUGAACGCUGCCUUCUAAUGCCCAAGUGUAGUAGUUUUCUGGCUAAGAUAAUGACUUCUUUACUGAGCCCUCAUCAUCGCCGUGCAACUUUGCACCGUAAGCCACCUUUGCCAUACAACAUGUGGGAGGCUGCAUUGAAAAGAAAAGUGCAGCAUUGGUAUGUGGUGGUUGGCCAGGCAGAAAAUCCCAAUCUCCAGGCUGAAAAACUGGGACUUUGUCCACAGUUUUUCCAUGUUCUGGGGGAAACUAGCCCCUUGGAGGUCAAGGCUUUCCACCAGAUAGCAUUCUAUAAACGAGUUUGGUUGCUAAAGGGCCUAAGUGAUUAUGUAUAUGAAACCCAGAAAGAGGUCCAAGAUGCAGUUUUGGGGCAGCCUAUCCAUGAAUGCAGGGAAGUAGUAUUAGGAUAUGACUCUCAUGAGAACGCCUACGUCCAUUUCCCACAGUUCUGUGGCGCAGACUUGCGGGUUUAUAAACAAUGCCCUCUUCCACCUCCUGAGUUUCCUAUUCCACCGAUCAAAAUCUACAGGAUGUCGCAGCAGAGAUCAGAGGAGGCAAGGAAUAGGCUUUUGUUGGAAAGCCAAGAAAAAGCAAAAUGUGAUAAAAAGGAAACCACCAACAAAACAACUCAUAAUUCCAAAAAGUCCACUGAAGGAAUUGUCUCUAGUGACCUGGAAGGUUUUUAUGUUAAAGUGGAAACAGGUUCUCAGUUUCUUUCUCAAAGUGAAGAAGAAAUGAAAUUCAAUUGUGAAUGUAAAAACCAUAGAAUUUCAGCGGUGAAAAAAGAAAAUGUUGGUUCCUGUAAAGAAAACUUGGUAAAGCCUGCUAGCCCUGGUGAAGUUGUGGGGUAUGGGGAACCUCUUAGCCCAGGAGAAAUUAGGAUAACUGAAAAUGGGGAGUUUUGUACAGAUGACCCUGAGCUGAGGAAAGGUGUGAAGCCAUUGACUGAGAAAGCAAUCAAAAGCUGCAAAACACUCAUUAAUGGAAGUCAUUCUGAAAAUUUGGAUGUAAGCUGUCUGGUUGGUAAAAUAAAUAAUAUUUCUGCAAAACAUUUCCUGGGAAAAAUUGAGGAACUUGAGAUGGUUAAGCUGCAUGUCAAGAAAAAGAAGAAGAAGAAAAAGAAAUUGAAGGAUGCACUGAAUAAGACUUCACAGUUAAGACCAGAUAUAGUUUGUCCAAAUCCACUGAAGAUUUGGAAGCCAGGAAUCCAGAAAAAAUCUCUACUGAUAAAGAAGAAAACAAAACACAAAAAGCACAAAUCUGCAAAGAAACCAGAUUCAGAAAAGAUCGACGAGAAGAGGAGAAAAUUGAUAUCACCACCAUUGCCUACAACGCCACAGUUCCAGCUUGUUUGCACUAGUCUUGAUGAACUCAGGGAACUUAUUGCCAAAAUGGAAGGAGAGCUCAAAGAACUGGAAAAUAAUAAGAAAAAAUCUGAAAAAUGGUUUUAUAGGCGACAAGCUUUAAAAGAUUUGCAUGGUACCCUAGGACGACUUUUGAAUGAACUGUUACCGUGGGAACAAAAACUAAUCAAGGCUUAUCAGAGAAAUCGAGCUCGAAUGAAGAAAGACUUUGAUGACUUUAAAAAACAGCCUGAUAAUGACGCGUUCAUUAGAGAUGACUUGCAAAAUGAAGAAAUGGAUGGAGAGCUCAUAAAAGACAUACCUCUAAAUGAAGCAGGAUCCUCAAACUCUGAUGAUCAUCAAGAAAUAGUUAAGAAGGAAUGCUCUGAACUAGACGACCUGUUACAGCCAGAUGUUGAGAUACCAAUGGCCAGACUAAAGCCUCUAAGAAGGGAAUGUUCCAGUAAAGAAACACAGAAGCAAGCUUCCAAGAAUCCUAAAAGGCAAAUUAAAUGUAAUGAUCUUGAAUGUUUAAAGGAACCUCCUCCUUGCAAAAAGACCAAAAUAAGCACAAAUGAAGCUGCUGCAAAUCUCAACACAUUAGAAUCUGAUGAGGGAAACCAAAAGAUUGAAUCAAAACCUGCAACAGUACAGCAGUUGAUUGAAUCACCCAACUUGAGCAGAAUGGAUGAACAGUUUGCCAAGUCAGAUAAUUCAAAAGGGGAGAUGGUUAAUGUAUCACAAUCAGUUGUGCAGAAAGGGACCAAACCUAUCCAAGCCUUACUUGCAAAACACAAUGGGAACAAAGUGACCUUAACCAGUCAGACAUCCUCCUCUGUAACAGAGGCUAGCAGCCCAGAAGAGAUAACAUCUCCAACUACAUUACAUCCUAGUCCAGUAAAGUUCUGUUCACCCCCUCCUGUGUCUCCAAAAGGUCCUCUGCAAAUGUUGUAUAAAAUGCCUGAUGGAUCUUGUGUGCCAAUUGAUCUAAGUAACAGCCAGAUUAAGAUUGCAGUCCAACCUGUUAUUGACCCAAAAUCUGGAGAGAAGAUCAUGCAGCAGGUGCUUAUUUUACCUAAGAACUUCCUGUCUCAACAACAAGAUGGUAAAUAUGUUGAAAAAGGAAGUCCACCCAAGAUACCAAGGGAACUGGAGAAACAGGCCUCAGCUGUGUCUCAAAAUACUAACUCGGGACAUUCUCCUUCGGCUGACCUUCAGUCUCUGUCACCUGUUAAAGUUCAGUCACAGAUUUCCAGUUUAACGAAAGGAAGGAGCACAGCAAGUACAGCAACAGUAACAAUUUCUGCUGGUCAACCAAUGAAAGUUACAUCAUCUUCAUAUAAUUUCUUGGCAUCGUCAACCAUGGUUGUAGCAGAAGGAAGGCCGGAAAUGCCAGCCAUUGUGGCACCUGCAGUUACAACAUCAAAUACCGGACAUAGACAAUCAGCAUCUAUUCAGCCAGUAACACCAACAAAAUUACAGAGCAGGUCAAUUAAUAACACUGGAACAAUACAGAGCUCUAACUCACAGCAAUCAAAGGAAUCAACUGAAGCAAAGCAGGAACUUAAAACUGUGUGCAUAAGAGAUUCUCAGUCCAUUUUAGUCAUGACUCGUGGAGGAAACACAGGUGUUGUUAAAGUGCAAACCAACACAGACCAAAAGUCACCUAAUGCUAUUACUCCCAGGCCAAUAUUUACUUUUUUACCAGAGGUUCAGAACUUUGUAGUAUCAAAAACACAGACAUCAUCACCAUUGACCUCUCUUGUUCCAACACAGACUUCCCUUUCAAACCUUGGUCAGCUCCCUGUUUCCAGUUCUGUUUCAUCGGUUCCAUUAGGCCUAAACCAGUUGGCUGGGGAAAAAGUUAAAUUCGGACCUAGCAAAACUGUGAAUAAUCCAGGAGUUGUACCUGUUCGUGUGCCUCUGCCCACAAUAUUGUCAGCAGUUUCAGAUAGUCCACCUGUGCACAGCAGUACCCAAAAUGCCUUGAAUAUAGUCAGUGGUCCUGUGGGUGGAUUAUCUGGUGGAGGUCCUGUCCAAAGUAAGGUAACGGUAACUCAAGCACCGUCACUGCAACUCUCCCUUGAUGCUACAAGUUGCAAGCAACUAUUUCUUACCCCACCAGAAAGCAAUAAGGCAGGAGAUAGUACAUUUCUGGCUGGAACCACAGUGCCAAAACUUCUAUUGGUUCCGAGUCCAUCUGCUGCACCUUGUGGAACAAGUCAAGUCACCAUAGCUGCUAAUGCACAACCUCAAAAAUUAAUCUUUAUGAGUCCACCUGUGACUUCAAUGUCCUCAUCCUCCAACUUAAUAUUAACAAAACUACCCCAUCCACAGCAUGCUUCACUACUAAGUACAACACAGAUGACAGUGAAGAAUGCAGAUCCUUGUCAGGUUGUGCUGGUACCAUAUACUGGAGAAACACCAAUUAAGACCAAUCCAUUGCCUGGCCCAUUUCAGGUAAAAGAAAUUAAUAAGGGAAAUCCAGCUCAUCUUCUUCGGAACAAUGUCCAGAAAACCCCAGGAAUCAAUGUUUUGCCAAAUAUAUCUGCAAAGGUUGGAGAAGGAUUAUCUACCACACGUGCAGUCUUACCAACAACUUGUGUUAGCACUUCAGCAAUUCCUUCAGUUGUAGUUGGGAAUCGAAGCUCUGCAUCUUUUAAGAACGCCACAGGAAUUAAGACAUCUGUUCGAAAUGCGCACACAGUAGCAACAACCGCUGCAGGUGCAUCUCUUCCAACAUCGACUUUCACAACUUUUGGUUCACUUCCCACUACGUUAAUUAAAAGAAAUGAAAAUGUAUCGAGAUCCAAUCAAACAAUGUUGUCAACUAGGCAUCCUGUUGCAAUUUCAACAGUGAAAGCAGAACACCUUGCUUCAUCAAUGCUUCUUGCAUCUGUACAGCCAAAAGUGUCACAGCAGACACUGACUCCAUCUCUCCCUUUGCCGAUUACAACUACUUUACCAAACCCAAUCACGGUUAAUUCGAAAAUAGUACCAGCAAGCGCUCAACCAAUAAGUAUAGCCUUUACCCCACAGAACUCGCAUUUUUCAAAAGAUACUUGUCAAACGGUUAUUCGAUUCCAGAAUCCAAACACAAUAGCAUCACAAAUCAAUUCAAGUACUGCUUCCAGGUUUGCAUCUGUGCAAGCACCUACUCGCCCAAGUCCACCAGCUGUUGGUAAUGUGUUGUCUCCUGCUGCUUUGGGUCUUAGUUCAGCACAUCAAACAACGGUACCCAGUUUAUCAAAACAUCCUGUAAGUACUAAUGCAGUUACUGCAGCUACUUCCCCAAUACAGCCUGUGGCACCUGUGCCACCUUCUGUCAGCAGAGUUUCUGGACCAUUAGAUGAGUCUUGUAUACGACAGAAAAUAGUCAUCAAUACAAGUACUCCUCUGGCACCAGGGACUCAAAUAGUUAUCAACAACCAUCGGUUCGUCGUUCCACCUCAAGGCCUUGGAUCUGGUAGCCAUGUUCUGCUGAUUUCUAAUACACUGAAACAAAGUAGUCCAGGAUUUCAUGCAGGAACUGAUGUUACCACUGCUUGUCAGAAGGCCAUGAUGGUACCUGCUGUAUCACACUGUUCUCAAUCCUCUCUGUCUCCUUGUGUUGCUCCCUCUGAAAAGAUACUUCAAAAUCUGUGUCCUCAGAGUGCUCCACAAAUUAUAACUGCUGUUUCUAAAUCUCCUCAGUUUACCACAGGAUCGACGCUGAUAAAUGUUUCUACAGCAAGGUCUCAGCCUCAAACUAUAGUAUCUAGCCUCCAAGCUCCUACAACCCAGAGUGCUGCAGUUCUUCCUGUAGACACUGCCUUCAGUAAGUUAUUGGUCAGCCCAGAGGGAGCUGUUUUAAAUGCUAUUAAUACUGUGGGUAAUCCAAUUGCAAAAGUGGUGUCACCGUCCUCUCUGACUUGUGUUUCGGGGAAUUCAAGUGCAAGUGCUGCUGUGGUCUUCCCGGCAUUAAAGACAUCGGAAGUCCUUGACCCUACCAGAACCAUUUCAGCAUCUUCCAGUCUUUGAACUGCGUCUGCCAUAAAUCCAAACCACGGGAAACGCACGAGCCUUGGGCAGGACUGGAAUCAUUCUUGGGUUAUGUAUUUGGCUUAGGGAUAAGGCACAAUUUAUUACAUCAGCCGAAUUCAACAGUGACUGAGAUGUCUAAGAGGCACAAUAUUUAUUAGUCUGCAGUUACUAAGUUCCUGUUGCAAGGAUGCUUUCCUAGUGUUGUCUCUGUGAAACUUGUGUAUUUCAAUGUACAAAACAAUGUUUAAAAAUUGUAAGACAGCAAAUUUUGAAGGUACUUGUAAAUUUCCCCUGGUUUAUAAUUUUAAAAAAAUCCUAGCAAUUUUAUUGAUUGCUUACUGUGCACUCAAAAGCUUCUUGCACACUUGCAGUAUGACCUGUAUUGAUGUCUAUAUCUUUGGUAUGCUGCAAUGUUCUACUUUAAGUGUGUGACUUUUUUUUAAGAAAAUGUGCAGUCAAAAACAAAGCAUAAGACUUGUUUAUAUGCUAUUGCUGCCUUUUUAAAGUAUUUAACGUAGAAAACUUCUGCAGUUGUACAGUUGUAAAUACUUUUGAACCCACAAAGUUGUACUAAAGUGAAUGUACAAAAGAAUUUUGCUAAUUUAUUUGUUUGUUUAUAUAAUGUAUAGGUUUUUAAGCUGUUUAGUAGCUUUUAAGGACCAGUGUUUAGAAAAAUGCAGACAGAUCUGCAUGAUUAAAAAUGUGUGCAAUUGUUCUUUA